CAGCGGCGUUGCCCGCCAUUUUGUCUCAGUGUCUGGCUUGCCGUCCGCCGUGUUGGCGGUCUGUAGUCCCAGGGCGUGAGGCAGCGCGCCAUCUCUUUGUCUGUGGAGAUCCAGUCGCUCGGCCCGAGGCCUCUUGCGUGCUUCUCAGCGCAGCGGCCGUCCGCACCGCCUGCUCCUUCCCGGUAGCCGGGAGGGACCGAGCCGCGUCACACCCCUCAACGCCCGCCGAGUCCCUUCUCUCUCGUCGCGUCCGCAUCGCGUUCCCGGAAUCAGACGGUGCCCCAUAGAUGGCCAGCUUUCCCCCGAGGGUCAACGAGAAAGAGAUCGUGAGAUCACGUACUAUAGGUGAACUUUUAGCUCCAGCAACUCCUUUUGAAAAGAAAUGUGGUCGUGAAAACUGGACUGUUGCUUUUGCUCCAGAUGGUUCAUACUUUGCUUGGUCACAAGGUCAUCGAACAGUGAAGCUUGUCCCAUGGUCCCAGUGCCUUAAGAACUUUCUUUUACAUGGCUCCAAGAAUGUUAACAAUUCAAGCAGUCUAAGAUUGGCAAGACAAAAUAGUGAUGGUGGUCAGAAAAACAAACCUUGUGAACAUAUCAUAGACUGUGGAGAUAUAGUCUGGAGUCUUGCUUUUGGAUCUUCAGUUCCAGAAAAGCAGAGUCGCUGUGUAAACAUAGAAUGGCAUCGAUUCAGAUUUGGACAAGAUCAGCUACUCCUUGCCUCAGGAUUAAACAAUGGUCGCAUCAAAAUAUGGGAUGUAUAUACAGGAAAACUCCUCCUUAAUUUGGUAGACCACACUGAGGUGGUUAGAGAUUUAACUUUUGCUCCAGAUGGGAGUUUGAUCCUAGUGUCAGCUUCAAGAGACAAAACUCUCAGAGUGUGGGACCUAAAAGAUGACGGAAAUAUGAUGAAAGUAUUGAGGGGGCAUCCGAACUGGGUGUACAGCUGUGCAUUCUCUCCUGACUCUACUAUGCUGUGUUCAGUUGGAGCCAGUAAAGCAGUUUUCCUUUGGAAUAUGGAUAAAUACACCAUGAUACGGAAAUUAGAAGGACAUCACCAUGAUGUCGUAGCUUGUGACUUUUCUCCUGAUGGAGCAUUACUAGCUACUGCAUCUUAUGACACUCGGGUGUAUAUCUGGGACCCUCAUAAUGGAACUAUUCUGAUGGAAUUUGGGCACCUGUUUCCCCCGCCUACCCCAAUAUUUGCUGGAGGAGCAAAUGACCGAUGGGUACGAUCUGUGGCUUUUAGUCAUGAUGGAUUGCAUGUCGCAAGCCUUGCUGAUGAUAAGAUGGUGAGGUUCUGGAGAAUUGAUGAGGAUUAUCCAGUACAAGUUGCACCCUUAAGCAAUGGUCUCUGCUGUGCCUUUUCUACUGAUGGCAGUAUUUUAGCUGCUGGGACACAUGAUGGAAAUGUAUAUUUUUGGGCCACUCCAAGGCAAGUCCCUAGCCUUCAACAUUUAUGUCGCAUGUCCAUCCGAAGAUUGAUGCCUACCCACGAAGUCCAGGAACUACCAGUUCCUUUCAAAGUUUUGGAGUUUCUUUCUUACCGUGUUUAGAAAACAGCCUUUCCUGGGGACUGCCAGAAUACACUUUACACAAACCUCAAGCUUUACUGACUGCAAGUAUGUUUUUAAAGGUUCAGAAGAUUUAUUUAAUUUGAAACAUUCUUGUGCUGCAUUUUCAUUAGUUGAGUUUUUAAAAUAUUAUUUAUAGACCACAUAGAAGAAAUAUUUCUGAACAUAUAAAGUAUAAUUUUUUUAAGAGUAACUGUGAAAACAUACAUACAUGUAUAUAUUUAGACAAGCUGCUAUAUGUUGAACAGACCUUUUGUUUUUCUAACUCUUAGCUCUGAUUUGUAUAGAUUGCUUCAGUAGAGCCACAAUAUGUAUCUGCUGUAAAUUGGAAAGAAUUAGGUGGAUUGAUUUGCUUGUUUUCUUUUGGGACACAGUUUAGAUGAUGCUGAAUUAAGAAAGCUGAAUUGCCUCACAGCGAAUGGAGUUGGGUGGGGUGGUAUCAGCUGACCUGUAACUGAGACUUGAGUGUAUUUGGAAAGAUUUAUUUUCCUUAGGAAUGGUGUCUGACAGGGAGUUAGAAUGUGACACUAAAAAAGAAUCAGGAUAUAGACAAAGGGUGUCGUUUGGUAGGCCUUAAUUUUGGAAAGCAGCUUGCUACCUUAUCUUUUGAGUAUGAAGUAUUACACAUUUUUUGUUAAUUUGAAAAAUGCAUCUACUGUUAUUACUGCUGAAUAUUUUGUUUAUACUAAGGGACAAUUAUUUUAAGACCAUGGGUUUUUUAAACACUUACUCUAUGUUUUUGCAGAGGAUAAAUUGGUGACUUGCCAAAGAGAAGCAGUUCAGUGCAUCUGCUUUUGCUCUCUAUUAUCUUACCUGCAGAUAUUAAGAAUGUAUGCAUUGUAUAAAAUGCUUGUUUUAUAUAUUCGAGUUUUUUAAUUAAAGACAUUAAAAAACCA